AUGCGGACCUCUUGGAGCUUGCCGCGGCUCUCGCGCACUUCAAAGGCAUGUCUGGCUUGUACCCUGCUCGACAACCGUGCCGACUCUGACUGUAAACUCAAAUUAGAUCUCGGCCUUGAUGGUGAUGUCGUCAACAAGGACAACUUCCCUCUGCCUACCCUUGGCGCCGCUCUUGAUUGCAUUGCCCGGGAUGUCCAUCAAGGCAAGGGCUUUGCCGUAGUCCGCGGCAUUGAUCCGCAGAAGCACUCGGUUGAGGAUCUCACAGUACUUUAUCUUGGCAUCCAGGGGUAUAUUGCCAACCAGCGUGGCCGUCAAGACAAGAAGGGAAACAUGCUCGUCCACAUUGUUGCCGACAACACCACUCAAGCCAAGGCUGAUCACCAUCGCCAUUCCACUUCAGCCAUUACCUUCCACAACGAGGAGUCAGGUGACGUUGUCAGUUGGCUGACACGGAAUACCGCUGCGGCUGGUGGCAAGUGCAUCAUUGCUUCUGCCCACACUGUCUACAACAUUCUCGCGGCCACUCGGCCGGACAUCAUCCGCACCUUGUCCCGUUCAGAUUGGCCAUUUGCCCUGCCCAAAUUCCAGUGCCGCCCAAUUCUUUUCCACCACGAUGGAAAGAUCAUCAUCAACUUUGGACGUACUCCCCUGAUGGGAAAUCCCACCCAUCCCCGUCCAGCGCAUUUCCCGUCGUUGACCCAUCGUCAAAUCGAGGCUCUCGAUGCAGUCGAGGCUAUUGCCAGAGCAACUCAAAUGGAGAUCCAGACUCGUGCUGGGGACAUUCACUUCAUCAACAACUUAGCCAUCCUUCAUCGCCGUGAAGCAUUUGUCAACGGCCAAGGCCCUGACGAGAGGCGCCAUCUCGUCCGCAUGCGCGUGCGCAGCGAGAGCCUGGGCUGGUCCAUUCCAGCCGAGCUCCAUCGCGAGUGGUUUGACGCAUUCGAGAAGCCUGCCGACCGCGUUUGGCACCUGGAGCCUAUGCCUGACGCGUUCUUCCCCCUCCGGAAGUAUCCCAACUGA